AUGUCGGAAAAUUUUGGGAUCGCCGAUAUUCCUGCCCUGACAAAGGCCACAUGGGAAGUCUACAAUCAAUGUCAGGUCUUCGCAAAAGAUGCCCCCGAUGGAUUUCGCAAUCUUGUGACGGGAUUGGGCUCGCUACAGGGUGUGAUGCGAACCCUUGCUGAUGACUUUACUUCCAAUACGCUCUUCUUCGAGGGAAUGAAUGAAGACCGUAGGUCGAUAUUGGAGCGAUGUCUGAACGCUUGCUUUGAAACCUUGGCGUGGUUGACGAGUCUGCUUAACCGGUAUCAAGAGUCGGGAAUAGCGGAGGGAAAGAUAUUCUGGCAAAGGAUUAAAUGGGCUACACAGCGGACACAAGUUGAGGAUAUCAGAUCUCAGCUUCUGGUCCACACAUGCAAUUUGAAUUUGUGUAUGAGCCCUAUAGAAAACUCCUCUCUCGCUGAUAUCGAACGGACAAUGAUACAAGCUAUGGAGGAGGAUGAGCAGGCAUUGCUUUCUCUCGACAGCUCUCGUCGCGAUUCAAGCUUGGCAGUAUCACCGCUGACUGUCAAAAGCAGCGGAUCAGUGGACUACGAGGAGCUUGUAAAUUCAUAUAUUUCCCCACAUACACAAACGCUUCCUUUUGUUUCUCCUCUUUCUUCGCGCAGCUCUCAGGGGCAGCAGUCAUAUCGAAUCCCCGCUCGACCCAAACAUACAUCCACCUCAUCUGAUUCUAUCAUGUCUGGAUCUGAGGGCUCCCUUCACGGAGGAAGUUUGCCUACAUCACACUCCAUUUAUAGUCGCCCACCUUCACAAAGCUUAAUUGGAAAGCUCAAUUCUCGGGCCCUCAGUCCUCAACCGCUUUAUGAAGGCUCUAUCGACGGUCGCUCGCCGGACAAAAUACCAUGGGAAGAUGCCUUUGAUGUCCAUGACAGACAAAGUGUAGGCAAAUCUAGCGAUUCCUCAUCGAUUGCGGAUUUCGGGCAUGAGAAUGUCAUGAAAGCGGUUACCAAUGCUAUGCAACAGCUCCGCCAGGUCCGUCAUCAAGAACAACUUGCCCGGCCGAUACGGUACGUGCCGCAAAAUAAAUUACACAGGCCACCUCAGGAUAUCAUCAAGGCCUUUGAACUUUCAGUGAAUGAAGAGCUUCAGGCCCGAAGACUCAUCACAAGGGACUGGCUUCGUGUUGCGACUUGGUGGCUGUUGAAGACGCGCGCUACACUGGCCAACUGCAACAGACAUAGCCUUGUCAGUGCUCGAGGAAAUACGGCUCUUCCCGGCGAAUCAAAGCCUGCAUCACACCAGGCUUAUGUUGAUCUUCUUAAAGCUUCGUAUAUUCUCUAUGAAAUUGUCCUCAGAGACGAGAACUCGCCUGCUCUAUUGACUGAUGAGAAUCGGAAAGCAAUCUCGGACCUUUCAGAGGGAAUCAAUGAUGAGCUGACUCAGUACAGUUCUUUGGAUAUCCCUGACUUCUCAAGCUUAUGUGCCCAAGAAUUGGAUAUCUGGGAGCCUGUUCAGCCAGAGGAGGCAUCAGAAAGUAGCUUGAACUUCUAUGGGCUUGAGAAUUCACGUUGGAUAGCUGUCAACCAGGAAGAUGCUGGUAGCGAAGAGGAAAGGGUUCUCUAUCGAGCCUUUGUCAACGCAGGUAUUGGAUCUAAAAAAUUCCGGAUCCGCACCCGAUCCGCUCCAUACAUGCUCUUACUGGCAACCAAGGAGGGUGAAAGUGAGCCAAAGAUCAUUCUAUGUAAUCAGAAUGGCUCGCUUUGCCUACAACGCGACUUUGUACCUGAUGACCUACCACCGUUGAUUAACUUGGCCAAUUCCAGUUUAACGGGGUUUCCGGGGGCUCGAAUCUCGGAACCAGUGCUUUUUAUGUUCGAAAAUACGAACGUUUCAAUCUCGUUUCAGUUUGAAGCUGACUUGGGUCACUUUAUCGGUAUACCAAAGGCCUAUUUUGAUGCAGUCUGGCAGAGAGAGCCGAUCGAUUCAAAGGAAUUCACCGAAAGUGUCAUUUUCAAGGGUUCGGUGGAGAUAUUCGAGCACCUGAAGCCCCCGAAUAUGAAGCCGAUGAACCCGCCAAUGAUAAUCAAGUCCUGCAAUGUCCGCAUCCUUGAGAGAUCAUUCGGCGAAGCUUGGCGUUGUACUCGAAGAAUGGUGAUCAGCCCGUGUGUGGCACGAAGAAAUCCUAUGUGCGUUGAACUAUUCAUGCCCCUCAGCCAUGUUCAAAUCAAUCGUGAGGAUCUCUCCCGCCAGGUCCUUCUCAAAUGGUCCGAUGCUUGCCAAGAGCGAUCAAAGACAGAUGGCAAUUAUAACAUCCUGCACUCAUACGUGUAUGAUGGCAGCACACCCAACAUCGGGGUGGGGCUACAUUUCAGCACUGGGCAGGGUGCCGAAGAAUUUGAAAAGGCUAUCUUGGAGAUCAAUUUCAAACCAGACUUCUCAUGGUCAGAGCCCAGUAGCUCAGGUCGCAUAUAUGAUGUUAUCGACACCGGAACUCAGCACAAGCAAUACAAAGCUGCUGUGAUCUUCCAAAAUAAUUCGCCGUGGCGACAUUCCGACGUCUAUUACCUCUACCGUGACACAGACUAUGCCUAUCAGCACUCAUCGCUCAGUGUCCGCUUCCCCCACGCCUCUUACACCGACUAUAUCUCUUCCCACGUAAAUCAGCUCUUCGCCGCAGACAAGCCUGUCGUUUUCUCCCACUGCGAGAAGAAAACAGGACCAGCAGUCGUCUCGUUCGACAGUGACUCUGUCUUGCGCGCCUUCAUGAGCGCUCUCUCCCCGCUUUAUGAUCUGUCCUAUUCGAGGCGCAUUCUGUCGCUCUCAACCAAGAGCAAAGUGCUUGGGGGGAAGAAGUCUGGAAAGGGGGGCGCAGAGAUCCAACUGUGGCGCAGGGGAAACAUAACACAGCUUGCAGCACGGUGGGACGAUGGUAUUCCGGAUAAGUGGUUGACGUUGUGUCUCCCGUCCGACUGUCCCGACUCGUCGAAAGAUAGUACACGAGUCAAUUUUCCGAAGCUGUCGUAUUCUCGGGGAACGAGCUUGGAUAUGAUGAACAUAAUGGCUCGGACUGCUAAGAGUAAUAAUCUUGUGGAUCGUGAGGGUGCUAUUUCGAUUGCGUUUCAGACAGCUGAGGGUGAGUUCUUCUAUUUCUAUGUUUCAGGCAUACGUACUUUGCUGAUGAGUUUGAUGUGGAUAGAUCGAGAGGAGUUCAUGGGGGUUCUUCAAGGAAGGCCAAUUUCUUCCACAUAUAGUUCCUUGUCUGGAUAG